AUGAUGACCAUUGCGCAGCUCAGCACGGCGCUUCGUGACGACUACACGUCCGUCACGUUCGCCGACAAUGCACACACGCUCGACUAUGCCGAGGAGCUCGAUGCGCACGACUUUCUCAGCACGUUCAAGGAUGAGUUUGUGCGGCCGACGCGGGAGAUGAUUCGCAGGGCGGCGCCGGCCAAAGCGGCCAAGGGCAACGACUCGGCAGAAGAGGCAGGGAGCAACGGCCAUGCGGACAGAACCGAGACGGCACCCACGGCCCAGCUCGAGGAAAUGGCGGGCGCACGAGCGGACGGGAAGCCGCCGACGCGCGGCCUCUACGACCUGGUGCCCGGGACCAAGCCGUGUGUCCAGGGCGAGCAUCUGGCCAUGAUGUACCCGACGCACACGGAGUCCAGCCACCUGGCCAUGUACUUUUGCGGCAACUCGCUGGGGCUGCAGCCGAAGGCGGUGCGGCGGUACGUCGAGGCGUACCUGGACACGUGGGCUGCCAUUGGCGUCCAGGGGCACUUCCAUGCCCUGGCGAGGGAUGCGAAAGAUGCGAGGGACGACGACGCACAACUCGAAGAGACGCCAGUCGCCCUGAAGCCGUGGCAGGAGAUGGCAGCCGAGUGCUCGAAGCAGAUGGCCCGGCUGGUGGGCGCGUCGCCCGAGGAGGUUGUCACGAUGAACACGCUGACGGUGAACCUGCACCUGAUGAUGGCGAGCUUCUACAAGCCGACGGCGACCCGGCACAAGAUCAUUGCCGAGUGGAAGCCGUUUCCCAGUGACAGCUACGCGCUGGAGUCCCAGAUUGUGUGGCACGGCCUCGACGUGGCCAAGUCGCUCGUCGAGCUGAAGCCGGACGACAACUUGUACAUCUCCACGGACGCCAUCCUCGCCACCAUUGACGAGCACGCCGCGGAGACGGCGCUGCUGCUGCUGCCCGGCAUCCAGUACUACACGGGCCAGCUGUUUGACAUGCCGCGCAUCACGGCCCACGCCCGCAGCAAGGGCAUCGUGGUCGGCUGGGACCUGGCCCACGCGGUGGGCAACGUCGAGCUGCAGCUGCACGACUGGGACGUCGACUUUGCCGUCUGGUGCACGUACAAGUACCUCAACGCGGGGCCGGGCAGCAUUGCCGGCGCCUUUGUGCACGAGCGCCACGGCGGCGUGGACGCGUCGUCGUCGUCGUACGAGAAGAACAACAACGACGGCAACGCUGACGACUAUGACGUGCGCACCAACGCCUUCACAUACCGGCCGCGGCUCGCGGGGUGGUACGGCAGCGACCUCCGCGUGCGCUUCAACAUGGCCAAGACGUUCCAGCCGACGCCCGGCGCGCAGGGCUUCCAGCUGUCCAACCCGUCGGCCGUCGACCUGGCCAGCCUGAGCGGCGCGCUGUCCGUCUUUGACAAGACCUCGAUGCGCGACCUGCGCACCAAGUCGCUCGUCCUGACCGCCUACGCCGAGAAGCUGCUCAACGACAUUCUGCAGGACGCGCGCGACGCCGCCGAGGCCGCCGAGGCGAUGGGCGCCCACGACCACGCCGCUUUCCCGGCGGACGCCGCGCCGCCGUUCCGCAUCAUCACGCCGGCCAACCCGGCCGAGCGCGGCGCGCAGAUCAGCAUUCUGAUGCGCGACGACGACUUUCUCGACAAGUGGGCCGCCGCCAUGAAGCGCGCCGACAUCGUCAUGGACAUGCGCAAGCCCAACGUCAUCCGCAUCGCCCCGGUGCCGCUGUACAACACCUUUGUCGAGGUGCACCACGGUGUGAGGAUUCACGUGCGCCACUGGCUCGCCUCGGUCGCCUCGGUCGCUCAGGACACGGACCCGAACCUGGACCCGAACACGGACCACACGCAGCCCCACGACGCGCCGGGGAAUUUUGAGCUCUGGCAGGCGAUGCCGUACUACGACGCCACCAACUACUUGGCCUUUGCGUGGGAUCUGGCCGCGGGCAUGGACUGGGAGGGGGAGGACCCGGAUGCCAUGCGGGACUGA